AUUUAAAAAGCGUUGGUUUGUGUGUUGAGCGCAAAACCGGUCACAUCUCUAACGCAUUGUGUGAGCGAUUGAUUCAUUGCUUGCAUUGCAUUGUUUGGUGAAUCACAUGAUGUCUCACGACUCGGAGGGGCCCUCCAAACAAGACUUGUCCACUGUUUUCGCCAAACUUAAGACCAACGCUUCCAAUAAGACAUGCUUUGAUUGCGGCGCCCGAAACCCCUCGUGGGUUAGCAUCACGUAUGGAGUGUUCAUUUGCAUCGACUGUUCCGCUGUCCACCGCGGACUCGGUGUCCACAUAUCGUUCGUGCGGUCGUCAGAGUUGGACACGAAGUGGAAUUGGACUCAA